CUCUGUGACGGCUGCUUCAGUUUAGCUAGCAGCUAAUCCGGCUAACGGCUAAAGGCUAACGGCUAGCUAUGAUGGCGGAGCUGGUGCAGGGACAGGCCUCGAUGAACCAGCCGGGGCUGAAGUCAGAAGGCCUAGUCGAUGUUUUACAGAGGGCCCGGCAGAUGGUUGGUAAGAUCGGAGGAGAAGCCAUGUCCCACCUCAACAGCUCCUCGGGAAGCGUGGAGCCCUCGCUGUAUUACCCUGGACAGAAACGACCAGGAGAUGACGGAGUAGGCAACCAGCUGGCAGCCAUGGGCCACCAGAGGGUAAUCACAGAGGAUUACAAGGUGCCUGACAGGAUGGUGGGCUUCAUUAUUGGUCGAGGAGGAGAACAGAUCACCAGAAUCCAGUUGGAAUCCAGCUGCAAGAUCCAGAUUGCUGCUGAUAGUGGAGGUCUGAUGGAGCGGCCAUGUUCCCUGACUGGGACUCCAGAGAGCAUCGAACAUGCAAAGCGGCUGCUGGUCCAGAUUGUGGAUCGCUGUAGAAACGGGCCAGGUUUCCACAGUGACGGGGAGGGUGGGUCAUCAGUGCAAGAGAUGCUGAUCCCAGCCAGUAAAGUGGGGCUUGUGAUCGGUCGAGGAGGAGACACCAUCAAACAACUGCAGGAGCGAGCAGGAGUAAAGAUGAUGAUGAUUCAAGAUGGUCCGAUGCCAACGGGAGCAGACAAACCCCUUCGUAUCUCUGGAGACCCAUACAAAGUGCAGGCAGCGAGAGAGCUGGUGUUGGAGGUGAUCAGGGAGAAGGACGGAGACUUCAGGCCAGGACGCAACGAUUUUGGUGUUCGACUGGGAGGAAGCAGCCUGGAUGUCCCAGUUCCCAGGUUUGCUGUUGGUAUUGUGAUCGGCAGAAAUGGGGAAAUGAUCAAGAAAAUCCAGAACGAUGCAGGCGUUCGGAUCCAGUUCAAAGCAGAUGAUGGCAUCAGUCCAGAGCGUGUUGCCAUGGUGAUGGGCCAGCAAGACCGCUGUCAGCACGCUGUCCACCUCAUCAACGAGCUGAUCCAGACCGCACAGGAGCGUGAUGGGUUUGGUUCAUCCCUGCGGGGCAGCCGGGUCAGAGGUCGUAGCGAUUGGACCAUGGGCUCACCCGGUCCUCUUCAGGAAGUGACCUAUACCAUCCCUGCUGACAAGUGUGGCCUGGUCAUUGGCAAAGGUGGAGAAACCAUUAAGAGUAUUAACCAGCAGUCUGGAGCUCAUGUGGAGCUGCAGAGGAACCCUCCCCCCUCCACCGACCCCAACACCCGGGUCUUCACCAUCAGAGGCACCGUCCAGCAGAUGGAGAUGGCCCGUCAGCUGAUCGAUGACAAAAUCGGGGGUUCAGGUAUUAUGAGUAAUGGAGGUUUUGGAUUCACUCCUUUCACUCAGGCCCCAGCUACGCAUCAGAACUGUGGCAGUGGACAGACCUUCCUGACUGGCGUCUGGGGAAACACCUACCAGACCAGCUGGCAGAACCCUGGACAACAAGACCCUGGUCAGCAGACCCAGCCCCAGAGCUUGAUGACUGACUACAGUAAAGCCUGGGAGGACUACUACAAGAAACAGAGUCAGUCGUCCCAACAGAGUUCGGUGCCAGAAUAUACUGCAGCGUUAGCAGAAUACUACAGACAGCAGCCCUACCUGUGGAACCCGGCCCAGAUACAGGAUCAUUAGAGGCUCUGGCCUCGCCAGGUAAAGCCCUGGGAAUGAUCGUCAACGGCAUCCGAAAUGGGGUUUCCUAGCAACGCUCUGCCGCUUCCUCCUUUUUUGUAGAGAAAAACUAAGGAUUAACUGAAAAAUCACGAACUCUAUUCUUUCUGUUUUUUAACCUUUACAAAGUUGAUAUUUUGUCGGGCAGAUUUUUUUGGACUAGCCUCCGGUCUUCUCACAAUGUAGACCUACCUUUUUUUUGUUUUGUUUUGUUUUUUAUCAAACUUGAAAAUGUAUCAGUGUGGCUUUGAACGAAAAAUCAGUAUAAUCUAUAUUUUGUCUAGUUUUAUUUUCCAAUAAAAAAACGGUAUAAGGCUUAGCAGUCUUGAGUAAGAAAAUCACAUUAUUAUUAUUAUUAUUAUUAUUAUUAUUAUUUUAUUUUUUUUUUUUGUUCAUGAUAAUGUUUUAAAGCAUGCGUCAGAUUUUGUUUUGACUCAGUUAAUACUUUUUUUUUUUGGCAUAGAAAUAUUUUAGUAGCGUCGGAUGGAAAUGUAAAGUUUUACCAUCAGAGACAAAACAGUUUUUGUACUAAGUCUUUGCUCGCUGGGUCUAUUUGUUCUUGUCUAAUUUUACCUGAUUAGUCACCAUCUUGGAGGUGCAAUGAUGCAUUUAGUUUUCUUUUUGGUUUGAUAGUAGUUCUUAUUCCUGUAUCUCUAUGGUGAUUCUUUAGUUUUUAUGAUGUAAAGAUGAAUAAAUGAUGAUUACUAUUGCGUUGUCUAAAGCCAGAUCUCUCUGUGGUCGAACUCCAGCUGACACUGUUCUCGUCUCUACCGUCACUACAAAAAGCGGAAAAAUGCUGUUUUAUAAUUGUUGUAACUUUGCUGCAUUUCUAUUUUGCCAAUUUGAGCUGAUCAGUCAAGUGAUCAACAGGCGAAACCAGUGUGUUGGCCAAAGCUUUGUGUGCAUCAGCCUAGCUAGAGUUUGAAUGGUGUCAGUUAGUGGUUGUGUCUUAGCUACAUUCUAGCAGGAUAAAUGUGGCAGUUAAAUUAUUUCUAAUUUCAUUUGAAAAUUGGUGAAAGUUGGCUAAAAAGGAUAAUAAUCAAAAUGGUGCAUCGCUACGUGCGUGUUGUUGGCUGUAGGUGUGUUAGGUGGUGAUUAGAGCCAGACGUGCUAACUUUCAUUACGCUGCUUUUUGCAGUAACUAAAUCGGCCUCUUGCUUGUUCUGCCCUUGUCAGGUUCGUUAACAUGAUGCCGGGGUUGUGACUAACGUUUUCAUUCAUGCUUAUUUUCUGCUUGUAAUGUGUUGGACAAGGUUUUGUAGUUCCUCGUUCUAUUAUUUUGUCUGAACAAUGAUCCAAAUGAAUCAAUGAACAUUAGGACAAGUUGUGAAAGUUAAUUUAAUGUUGGAGCAGGUAAAAGGAACGCUUGAGGACUAAAUCUUUGAGCUUAGUGUUAGCUGAACGUCCAUUAGCUUUAGUUUAACCUGUCUAAAUGUUCAUUCUUUUGGGUUUAGCAGAUACAUGAUGAUUCUGUAAAGUUGAAAAGCAAUUAACAUUUAACAUGGUUUUAUGAUCGAGCACUUAAGAAAACUGAUGAAACAUGAUUAUGAUGAGCCUAUCAAUACUUUGUUCCAAAGUCCAAUGACUGUGUUUGCUUUUGGAUUAUUUCUGCUGCCUUUGAUGUUGGGGAAAUAGGGUGGAUAUGUUUUGUGACCUAACGUGAUUUGAGCAGGCAGAUCCAUUUGAGAUGAGCUCUGCCGUGUUGAGCAGUGUUUGUUUUAGGACCCACCCCCAAGCCGUUUGUGUUGUAUCUGUUAGUUGGCUAAAGUUAAACCUAUUGUAAUUGGAGGAUCUUGUCAUUUCAGUCCUGGCUGUAUGUGUGUGAUUCUUUGUGACUGAUUGUUGGAUUUUAGGCUGGAUAUUGUUUUUUGCGUGGCUAUUUAAUACAAAUAUAAGAGAACUCCACAAGGAUUUGAAUCUAUUAGCUCGGUGUCAUUUGAACCUUGGCUGAAACGUGUGUUGUUGUUAGCUGAAUGUUGUGAUUGUCGGACCACAGAGAGGUUUGUCUUGUCGGGACAUCUGGCUACUGUUAAGUUGUGUGUUGACUUGCUGGUUGUGCUUUAUGUAUGUGUGGUAUAGUAGUAAUAAUAAUAAUAAUAAUAAUAAUUAAUGAUAAUAAUAUUAAUAAUUCUAUUUAAAUUUGUUUCACCAGUUCUGAACAUUCAGUUUUUGUGAAUUUCCACUCUGGCGGGUGCUCUCCAGUUAAAUGUACUUUGGUGUCUUUUAUAAAUGAGAUUGUUUAAUUCACUUGUGUAACAGAGAAGCUAAGUGUGUGUUAGGUUCUCAAGACUGCUAGACUGCGCUCCACCUGUCGUCUGUGGGUGUCCCCAGUCAUUACACCGCUGGAGUGGACUCGCCUGGUGGAAAGCCACAGUUCCAGGACCGCUGUGGAUCGUCUUGGAACCAGCACUGGGCAUGUUAGUGGUCCACUCCGGUUGAGUUUUCCUAAUCUCGAGUCUCGUCCUAAAAAGGCUCCUUUUGGUUUUUAUUGUUUUUCUAAUGGAUGGACAUCCUAACUGUAACCUGCAAAUUUUUCUAUUAGAUCCUGAUUGACAGGUAGUUGUGUAUGAACCUGAGCCACAACUGUCGGUGGCCGAGAAAGGUGGACGAUUAUUAUGAUUAACAUGAGGGCUAAUAAACAGGCUCCUUCUUUCUGA